AUGUUUGUCACGGUGCCACCGACACUGGAGCAAUAUGACUCCCAUAUCAAGUUAUACAAAAGCUUUGAAAGUUUGGGCAACCAUAAACAGCAACACAUGAAUACCGUCGUGGGUGCAGCUUUCCAAGUACAGUAUCCUGGCAAAAUUCUAAGCAUUCGCUCCGUCGUCUCUGCCGUGGACACCGAUGCCAACUUGCACGACCGGAACAUGCGUCGAGAACAUACGUACUCCGUCACCAACGGGUAUUACCAGCAAGUGUUUCCAGAGGAUCGUACAUUAGGUUCGUCCAUGCUCCGUUGGUCCGCGCAGGUGGAACUCAUGAACCGUUCCGCCGCGAACAUGCAGGAGGUCUACGACCAACUCCGUCUGCGUUGA